ACAUCUCCACUCAAACCCACCCACUUGCUUCUCAUAGAGACCCGCCCCUCCUUCCCUCAUCUCUCAAACCCCAACUAUUUCUUCUUUCCUCUCUUCUCAGCUCUCUCUCUUUCUCCUUCUCCUCGUCUUCUUUCUCUUCUUCGCCCGUUUCCCAUCCUUCGCAGACGGCUUUUCUUGCUGAUGAUGGAUAUGGCGACUUGGCCACAGCAAAUGGGAUUAGGUGAGAAGUCAGUGGAGGAGAUGGUGUCCUCCUCCUCCUGCUCAUCCAAGCCAGUGGCCGAGAGGAAGGCGAGGCCGCAGACGGAGCAAGCCCUCCAGUGCCCAAGGUGCAACUCCACCAACACCAAAUUCUGCUACUACAACAACUACAGCCGCUCUCAGCCGCGCUAUUUCUGCAAGACCUGCAGAAGAUACUGGACAGAAGGCGGGUCCUUGAGAAACGUGCCUGUUGGUGGCGGUUCCAGGAGGAACAAGAGAUCAAUUUCCAAGAAACUAGCUGAUCUCACUGCCCCUACUUCUCUGGAGCCCUCCCCAAAUCCAAACGGCCAUGACGGGCAGGACCUCAAUCUGGGAUACCAUACAAUUGCACACGACUUCCAAGGACACCAUCACCCUUCAGGUCUGCCCUCUUCUGACCUUGUUGAUUAUGAGAACCCACAAUCUUCUCACCCCCUCCCAGCUUUGGACUUGAUGAGGAAUGGGCUUGCUGCAGGGGGCUUGAGCUCUUUCAUGGCUACCCAAGAUUCUUCUAGCCCUUAUGGCAGCAGUAAUAAUACUCCUGCUCUAGGGUUGCUUGAUUUCAUGAACCCUGCUGCUGAUUUCUUUAGUGGAUAUGCAAAUUUGCAAGGCAUUCAAGGGAGUGGCAGGUUGGGUUUCCCUUUGGGAGAUCUAAGGCAGGUUUCCCAUGUUGACUUGGUGGAGCAGAACAGGAGCCAAGUGGGGGCUUCUGGGUAUUGGAAUGGAGUUUUGGGGGGGAGUGCAUCAUGGGCACAUGUCCCCAAUUAUGGACCUUGAAAUGCACUACAUACUAACUUUGCCAUGAUCAUGCAUGGUGAUAGAGGUGAUGAUGAUGAUGGUGGUGGAGAUGGGGGUUGGUGAUGAAUGUGGUUAUGGAUGGUGCAUAGUGUUAACCAUAAAAUAGGAAGAAGAGUCAUUUGCAGUAUUCUUUUUUCUUUUUACUAACAUUUGAAGCUUCUUUUAGGUUGGCUUCUUAUGUUGGUUCUUUGGUACACAGUGGGUUUGGUUGUGUUAAGAUCAUGAGGUGAGGAAAAGGACUAUAGAAUGCGCCAGGUUCUUUUUUUCUUUUUCUUUUUUCCUUUUCUGGUUUCAGGGCGAGCGAGAUUUAGCUCCUCCACAAUGGAAGUCGUCAGAAGUGUCCUAACUCUCAGAAAGAAGAGAAAAUCAGAGGAAUGGAAAACUCUUAGUACAUAUUUGAUGGUUCAGGAAUAAUAUGAAGUUGUACCCACUAUGUGAAAGUCUGCAUUUGUUUGUUUGUUUGUGAAGAUUUCAUUGAAGAGAAUA